AGCAACGUAUCAUUUUUUCUGCCCGGCUUCAUUUACCGAGAAUAAUUCGCAGAUUUAACGCAACAUUUCCAGAACUAACGUACAUAUGAAUCCAUAAAUUAAAUUACGUCGUAAAACUGUAAUAAAAUCCGUAAUUCAACUGUAAUUUCCCUGAACUACUAAACAACCGCUCUCAUCUUAAUUACAAUUAAUUCCGUGCGAGUUUCAGCAACGUAUGGUAAUACGAAAGUUUCAAAAAUACGGGCGCAGAGUUUGGAAAAGUUUACUCAAACAGAAGUGAUGUUAUUGUUCGAAAAUGCAAACUUCAAAUCAACAGAUGGCAUUUUAUCAUAACACACACAAAAAGUCACGAACCGUUGAUUGUUUUCAGUUUAUGAAAUCCAUUAAAAAUUCUUCGGGCAAACUCACUGAAACUUCAUUACAAACACCACGCGUUUAAUUGAAUUCCACGGGGAGCGUAAAUAUUUACUCAUGAAUCUGAUACGAUUUGCUUUGAAGUGGUGAAUCAACACGCCCGCACGAUUUUGAAGUCGGCAAAUUUUUUAUUAUGAUAUCUUGGCAACGCCGCAUUAUUAAUUUUUUAUUUCAAUGUGUCGAUAGUGUUUGUUUUUAAUUAAUUGUAUUUUAAAUUUUCCAGGGGUUUCCGCUGCCAGAACAACGAUACAACAGUGGAGCGUGCCUGAACCAUGGAGUCACUCUUCAGGGACAAUAUCGUUUGGCACGACAAAUUUAUCCCAGAUUACGUCCCAGACCAAAACAGAUGGAUCUUCUCCGUAGAGGACUUCCAAAACACCCCGUCAAUGAGAUGUGGCCUCUCGAGUAAGGAAGAAAGCCGUCAAAGAAAUAAGGCAUCGCAACUGAUCCGGCAGAUAUGCAUACAUCUAAAUUUGAGCGCGUUUUGCAUAUCAAGUGCCGUAACUUAUAUGCAUCGCUUUUAUAUGAUGCAUCCCAUGACAGUUUUCCCAUGGGAUGAGAUCGCGGUAACUGCCCUGUUUGUGGCCACGAAAUGUUUAGAAUGUACCCGUUCAGCAAGAACUCUGGUAUAUACGAGUAACAGCUUCAGAUCUCGGAGGGUUCCGAUAGACGGUAGGGAGUUUAAUUCUCAGGUUGCACAGUUGAUUUUCAAUGAAGAUGUUAUGUUACAAACUUUUAAUUUCGAUUUGCACAUUAAUGACGUUUGUAGUUACAUACGUUUGGCUUGUUUGUGUCUUAAAGGUAUUCCAAAAGCUGUGGCUAGGCUGGCCAUUAGUAUAUACUCAGAUAUUGUGUGUGUUAGUUCGGUCUCUGUGAGAUUCAGGGCUUCUGUAUUAGCUUGUGCUUGUUUGUCUUUGGCGGGAGCAACUUUAAACCAUGCGUUGCCUGUACGCUCCCACAGGGUAUCGUGGUAUUCAUUUAUCGAUAAAUAUAUUGAUAUACAAGAAAUUGUUGAAUGUGAAGAAGAUAUUAAUAGUAUUAGGGAAUGUUUAAAGAGACACGAAGGGAGAAAUCCUGAGAUUUACGUGAUUGAGAAGAGGAAGAAUUCCGGCAAGAAAUAUAAACGACCAAAUGAGGGUGGAAUUUUAAGAAGCCUUUUGGAAAAUAGAAUAUCUUACAAUAGAAAUGCUUUACAAGACAAAACCAAUGUAAAACCACCUUCGAAACAAACCAAAAGAAAAUUGGAUUUAAAUGGUGAUGAUGAUGGAGGUCCUCGGACCAAAAAGGGCGCUCCAAAUUACUCAGAGGUAUCGCAGGAUAAAUGUAACGUUAUGAAUGACUUGUAUGUUCAAGAUUUUGAUGACAAUAUGGAAUUCAGAACUGUCGACAUUGACAGAAUGUUCAAUAAUAUCGAACUAGCGUUUGAAGAAGCAAGUGGUUUUAUGAAAAAGACUAAAGUAAAUCAAGAGAACAUCAAUCAAGAACAUCAAGGAAGUGUUUUGGAUUUAAAUUCAAACGUAGAUAAUCUUGAAAGGGAUAAAAGUCAUUAUAAAAAAAGUACAAAGACUCGUGCCAAAAGUCACAAAAGGAAAUAAUUUUUUUUUGAAGUUCCUACACUAUAAGACUGUUUUUAUUUACACUUUUUAUAAUAUAAAUGUUUUUUUUUUUUAUUAUUUUACUGUUUCAAAUGUUGUCAGUAUUGAUGAUUGAAACGUUAGUUCCUAUAAAAUAAGGCUGUUUCGUUUUUAUAUAUGUAUUAUUUUUUUACUGUUUUAUUUGAAAUAAAAUUGUAUUUUUUUU